AGCGAUGGCUUUUGUGCGCCAGUAAUUGCGAGUUCAUGCACGAGAAAGCGGUCCGUCUAUGAAGAUGAUGAAGAUAAAGAGGAGGAACCUAGCGAAGAAGCAGCCAUGUCGUAUUUCUCUGUUCCUUCAUUUAUUCUUUACGAGGUGGCAACAAUUGCGAAGGGCGACGCUGACAGCACGGUGUUUUUCGACACAUCCCCAUCUCAAAUCAAGGACUUCUUGUUCGCUCAAGUACUCGGCACCCGAUUGGAUCUUAUUAUACAAAGAGCGUUAGCUGGUUUCAAACGAUGGGAUGCUGUGUACAUGUUACAUAUUGCACAGCAUGAAUAUGUCUUUGAAAAUAGUUUGGCAUUUUUUCCGUUCUACCCCAUGACUAUAAGGCUGCUUUCUAUGGCUUUGGCAGCUCCAUUUGUUCAUUUCGGUUUUAUACAUGUGUCGUCCGCCUUGUUGAUAUCGGCAGUGGCGAUAAACCUGGGUUGCUUUCUUAUCGCGGCCGCUCUUCUUUAUCGCAUUGUGCUGCGUGUUUCCCGUUCUGUUAAACAAGCUAUAAUUGCUGUGCUGCUGUUCUCGGCAAACCCAGCAUCGAUAUUUUUCUCUGCUGCAUAUACAGAAUCGCUUUACUGCAUGUUAACCUUUGCUGGCAUUUGCGUACUACUAGAGGAUCGGCCGUCGUUUUUUAUACGCUAUCUCGGCUCUCUCCUCUGUUUCGGUCUCGCCUAUGCUACGCGAUCUAAUGGUUUGAUUAAUAUUGGAUAUGUGGGCUUCUUUUGCUUGAUUGAUUUCAUGCUCAAUGUGGAUCAUGAAAAUCCCAGGCGGCGUCGUGUGCUAUUGCGAAGGCCUGUCGCCGUUAUCGUUUCA